AUGACACAAUUUUUGCCUGACAAUUUAUUAGCGCUGUUCGAAGCGCGGCCACCGCUAACUUACAAGCCUCCUCCAGAUGACUUACUAAUUGAUCGGAAGCGACCCAAAAUGUCGGGUUUAGCUGAAUACGUUAAUCUUUUUGAAGAUCCAAAAGACACACCUCCAAAGCCAGUUUUCGAGACGAAAGAAGAACGAAAAGAAAAAGAAGAACUUCUGGCAUAUAAAAUUGAACAAGGCAUAGCAACAUGGAAUCCUACACAGAAUCCAAAUGCAACUAUGGAUCCAUAUAAAACAUUGUUUGUAGCUCGUAUAAAUUACGAAACUUCGGAAUCAAAGCUUCGUCGAGAAUUUGAACAGUUUGGAAAAAUUGCUCGUCUCGUUCUGGUUCAAGAUAAGAAUGGGAAACCUAGAGGUUAUGCUUUUAUCGAGUAUCUGCACAAAGAGUCGAUGUCAGAAGCUUAUAAAAAGGCUGAUGGCAUGAAAAUUGAUGGGCGUAGAGUCGUCGUUGAUUAUGAGCGUGGUCGCACGCAAAAAUCUUGGCUACCGCGACGACUUGGUGGUGGGAAAGGUGACACACGUCGCUUCCGUGAGUCGAAAGCAGCUCUUGAAGCAGCUGCGUUAGAAACAGCUCAUGGAAACCGGGAUCAUCGAUCAUCUUCAACUCAUCGUUCAUAUUCACGUGAUCGUGAUCGUAAUGGCUCAGUAUCAUCAAACUCCAAGCGACGAAGUCGAGAUCGGGACAGAGAUCGUGAUCGUGAUUCAAAACGGUUAGUCUUUAUAGAUAGAAAUUCACGUAAUGAAAAUUUAAUGAAAAUUUUUAAGCACAUUUUGGCCUUUUACACUAGCUUUUCCUCUUGA